AGAAAAAGAAGUCAGGGAGAUCUCCAGAGACGUAUCUGAUAGUGAAAUUUACCUCAUAGAAACAGGGAGAGAGACAGCACGCGAUGUAGAGUGUGGAACAUUUGGCAUUUGGAGAAGACAGGACAUUGGCAGAGAAGAAGAAAGAGAGAGAGGAAGAGCUGUUAGAAAAAGACUAUCUUCCUCCCUCUCUCUCUCCCUCCCCACCUCUUUCAGACUUACUAGACGACAUGAGUCGGAUCUAUAACCUCAAGCCAGUGGGCUCUAGGAAUGCGGUGUGUAUCAGCGAACGGUCUAGUGAAAUUCCAACAAACAGUGGUAAUAUACAGGGGAAAUACAACCCCAUCAGACACACACCAUCUCUGGACAUUCUGCCAGAAACUGCCAAACUGUGGAACCAUGAGACGGUCAAAGAUGUUGACACAACUGAGACAGUGGAUUCGACAGAUGUUCAGAUGGUACAGUGUCAUGUGGAACGUCUGCAGCUUAAGGAACAGGAAGCAGAAUAUGGUUCCCGCAACAUCAGAAAGGCACAAUCGAGUGGUCAGAGCAGUCUGGCCACAGAACAGGAGAUUAGAAGGCCCGAAGGACAGAAGAGACCAGAUAUUCUCAGAGAGAUGCAAAAAUCACAAACCCCUACCAUCCCCAGAUUUCCACAAGACCAACAGAAAAUUCAGAUAUCUCAUUCCAAACCCCAGCAGCUCAGGUCAUUCACAGUCAAUGCCCAGAACACACAAUCAACAGAAAAUUCUCUAAAGCCCUCAGGACAAGGCAACGGCCCUCUAUCAUCUUCCAUCUCCUGCACCCAAUCUUCUUCCCCCUCUCCACCUCUCUUUUCCAUCAGGAGUGCCUCAGGUGGACCAGGAAAGAGAGGAACUACCAUCACAAUUACCCCCAGGAGACCUGGAGGAGCAUCCCCUUCUGGAGGGACCCCCUCUCCCUCCAGAGCAGCGCCCCAGGGCCAAGCACACAAACCAACCUCCAGUGUCACCAAAGAAGCUGGGAAAAAGAAGUAUCCCACAGCAGAACAGAUUGAGGUGAUUGGAGGGUACCAGAACCUUGAGCGGUCAUGUUUGGUAAAGAGCAGAGGGACACCGAAAGCUGUGAAGGUGUGUUUCGAUGACACUCAGCUGGAGAAAGUUUGUGAGUACCCUUCAGAGGACUGUGUGCUUGCAUCCCUCCCCUGCUCUCCUCAUCCAUGUCCAGAAGACAGGAGGGAGGAGGCUGAGGGACAGGAGGAAGAUGAUGAUGAGGAGAGUGGAGCGUUUGUGUCCCAGAGUGGCAUGAGUGUGUGCACAGGAAGGGUUAGAUUUCUUAAAGUGGAUGAAUCCUGCAAACGUUAGCUGUCUGUCUGCAUGAUGAACAAUGGUAACUUUUAGUUUUUGAAUGAGUUUUUAUUUAGUUCUGCUUUUCAUGACAGAGGAUAGAGGAACUUUACAAGAAAUGCUCUAGAAAGCAUCUUUAAUCUGUUCACACAUUUACAGGACAGAAAAGUUCUGAAAAUAAACUGUGCAGUACAGUCAUUUUGAGUGCUGCUUAGACUCACAGAGUGAUGUGCUCAGGUCCUACAUUUGAAGUCAGAAAUGUACAUACACUUAAGUUAAUAGUUUUUUAAAACUAUAUUAGCAAACUAUAGUUUUGGCAAGUUGUUUGGACAUCUACUUUGUGCACAAUGAGCAAUUUUUCGAAUAAUUGUUUACAGACCGAUUGUUUCACUUGUAAUUGACUAUAUCACAAUUCCAGUGGGUCAGGAUUUUGUAUUAUUUAUAAAUGAAAAUAAAACCUGAGCGCUCUGAUUUGAGGAAAGAAAAGAAAUAGAACAUUACUUCUGGUGAAAUUGAGCCAUAUUUCAAAUAUCUCUGUUUAUUCUACUCUGAACUGCAGGUCACUGCAGGAUACUGUCAUUUGUAGAAGAGUUGACUCUUCCACUUUUUGUGAAAGUAUG